GCUCUUUCUCCCCUUCCGGCUCCGGCCUCGCGCCCGUCCAAGAACUUCCAGUUCCGCCCAAGACUGGGAACUUCCGAAGACAGGAGACCGUGGGAGAAUUGAACCGGGCGCAAGCAGCUGAGAAGAAAGCCUGACGCCCCGUCGGCGCCUUCACUCAUCCAUCCUUCUCGCUCUUCCAGUGAGGAUUCCAGCUGAAUUGCCUUAUUUACGGAAAAAGGAAGGCGGAAACUCCAUGUCCAACCGCCCAAUCAGAAUGAUCAUGGGUGCCAGGCACCGCUAAGAGUGGGCUGAACAUGGCUACCACACUGCGAAUCCUACCUGGCUUUGCGCGCGCUUGCCCCACUGCAGUACUUUGGGGGAGUCCGGCUUCCUGGUCUGCUAGCAACGUGGCUCUGGUAGAGCAUGCUUGGAAAAUGUUUGAGGGUGCAGUGGGUGUAGUGAUGCCAGGCCCCAUGUUACACCAGGUCCUGGCAUUAGACACAGAGACUGGACAGCUGAAGGUUCGGGACAGAAACUUCCAGCUGCACCACAAUCUUUACCUGGUAGGCUUUGGCAAAGCUGUACUGGGCAUGGCGGCAGUGACAGAGGAGCUACUGAGUGAACACCUGGUUCAGGGUGUGAUCAGCGUGCCCAAGGGUAUCCAAGAAGCUAUGGAACAUACUAACAUGAAGGAGAUGCUACUGAAGCCAAAGAGCCGUAUCCAAGUGUUUGAGGGAGCAAAGGACAACUUGCCUGAUGGGAAUGCCCAGCAGGCUGCACUGGCCAUCCGGGACUUAGCAGAGAAGCUGACAGCUGAUGACCUGCUGCUGGUCCUUAUCUCAGGGGGAGGCUCAGCCCUGCUUCCUGCUCCAAUCCCCCCAGUUACUCUAGAAGAGAAACAGUUGCUCACCAAGAUGCUGGCAGCUAGUGGUGCCACAAUUCAGGAGCUAAAUACCAUACGUAAAGCCUUGUCCCACCUCAAGGGUGGGGGCCUGGCCAGGGCUGCUUACCCUGCACAGGUGGUGAGCCUCAUUUUGUCAGAUGUUGUGGGGGACCCUGUGGAUAUUAUUGCGAGUGGUCCCACAGUAGCGAGUGACCACACUGUUCAGGAUUGCCUGCAUAUCCUCAGCCGGUAUGACCUCCGUGGAGUCUUGCCCCGAUCUAUCAAGACAGUGCUGUCCCAGGCUGACUCAGAUCCCCAUGGUCGUUCUGGCUGUGGCCAUGUCCUCAAUGUGAUUAUUGGCUCCAAUUCCCUGGCUCUGGCUGAGGCCCAGCAUCGUGCUGAGGCCCUGGGUUACCAGGCUCUGAUUCUAAGCAGAGUCAUGCAAGGUGAGGUGGGGCGCGUGGCUCGAUUCUAUAGGCUUCUGGCUCAGGCAGUUUGUGUCCGCCUCUCCUCUAAGGUUAUGAGGACCAACAAGGAGGAAGAUGAGCUUCAGGACCUGAUAGAAGAGCUACGACUCUCAGACCUGAAGUUGAAGGAAGUCCUGGAGGCUGUGGAGAGAGCCAAGGGCCCUAUCUGCUUUCUGGCUGGAGGGGAGCCCACAGUAAGGCUGCAGGGCUCAGGCAAGGGCGGCCGAAAUCAAGAGCUAGCACUUAGGGUGGCUGUAGAGUUGAGUGGGUCUACAAUAAGUGACUGGGGGGCUCUCUUCCUGAGUGGUGGAACUGAUGGGCAGGAUGGUCCCACAGAGGCAGCAGGGGCCUGGGUCACCCCAGGGCUGGCCACUGAGGCAGCAGUAGAGGAUCUGGAUAUAAUGGCUUCUUUGGCCAACAAUGAUUCCAAUACCUUUUUCCGACGCCUGAAGGGUGGUGUCCACCUCCUUUGUACUGGGUUGACUGGCACCAAUGUCAUGGAUAUUCACCUGCUACUCCUCCGGCCCUGCUGAUAGGGACCAGGGUCAGUAUAGGUCUCAACAUUUCCUCCAGUCCUAUGAGAUAUUUGGAAAAGACCUUAUAACUGGGGCUGGAAGGUGGGCCAGGGCCCCACAGAAAUUUGGUCCCAGGCCCUUAGUUCCUUAUAUGGAAUUCACUGGGCCACUCAAGGCUUUGAUAAAGUGGUGCCUACAGGAAAGUACUAGGAAACAGAGAGCACCCAGCAGAUCCAUUGCUGACUUGUUAGGUCUUUGUUAUAGUCUGCUUUCCUUGUGGG